AUGUCCGCCAAUGAUCGCCGUGCUGUUAGUUACAACCUAGGCGGCGGUUCACGACCCCGCGUCGCCUCCAGUCGCGCUGAGCCUGAUUAUAGAUCAUCUUUGCAAGACAGGGACAACAGCAGCGCCAAAUCCCCGCGGCUAUUGUCAGACGCUCCCAAAAUGGACCACCUUCGCGGAAGUACACAGAGUCCAAGGGGAUUGCAUAGGGAAUCGAGCAGUGCAACGGACCGACGAACGGAACGAACAACUAUAACGUCGCGCGAAAAGAUUCAUGUCAAGACGCGGAAUCCGGCCAAGGGAUCGCCGAAUGCAGGAAAUCGAGGCGAGUUUGAGAGAUCACGUUCGAAAAAGACGGCGUCACCGCCGAGGAAGAGGGAGAAGGAAGUUGCAGAUGAACCCUGGGUACCCCAAGCGACGUUAAUUGCACAUUCUGCUGCUCCAUUGGCAAGUCGUAUUUCCGUCCCMCCUCUCGCAUCAACAUCMCCGCAAUCACUCGAGCCUAUAUCUUUCAAAGAGCUAUCUAUGGAGGAGCAAGAAAAUGCCGUAUUGCAGGACAUAUUGUUUGUUUUCAUGGGCUACGAGGGCCAAUACAUACGCUACCAUUCAUCAUACGACCCAUCCGUGGAGAAAGACAGACUAGUUGGUCCUUCGUUCCAGAUCGGGCCCGGUUUAGAUCCGAGUUUGAAGGAUUUGACGAUUUCAAUGCUGAAAAUGGCGACCCAUUAUAGCGCUUUGGAGGCCUUUAUUGAUGUGCUUAGUCGGCCGGAAUAUGGAGCCGUCAGUCAUGCUCUGUGCGCGGUUAUCCGAAAGCUUCUCAAAGAUUAUUUGAUUCUCAUAGCGCAACUUGAGAAUCAGUUACUGAACAAUCCAAACUUUACAUUGCAUGUCCUUCACCUCCAGACGAUGCCCACGAGCCAGAGCUUGUCGCAGUUACACUCUCUUAGUCAAGAAUUACUUCGACGGAACAAGCUUCUUGAUCAGGACCUAGACGAGUCGAUUGACGACUUUGACGACGUGGACAAUAUUCUCGAGCAGCUGAAAGAAGGCGGCGAUCUAGUUCCUGGAAGUCUAUCCAGCAAAAAGAUUUGCAAAGGCGGUAAUGUUCUGGGACUUUUGACGGAGCGACUAGCCACCUUUUCGGGAGACCCGGCAACAAAGACAUUGCUUCAGACGUUGCUUCGCGAGGCUAGCAGACCGUAUAUGUCGAUGCUGAAUGAGUGGCUGCACCAUGGUGAAAUUAGAGAUCCUCACGCCGAAUUCCUGGUCAAGGAACAGAAAUGGAUCAAGAGAGAAAAGCUUGAGGAAGAUUAUACGGAUGAAUAUUGGGAGAAGCGUUACACAAUCCGCGAUAAUGAAGUACCUCCACAGCUGGAAAGCGUCAGAGAUAAGGUGUUAUUGGCUGGGAAGUACCUGAAUGUUGUCCGAGAGUGCGGCGGUGUCGACGUCAACAAGGCAGUCAAAGACGUGCCCAAGACAUUUGACGAUCCUCGAUUCCUGGACAAUGUGAACAGUGCUUAUGCCUAUGCCAACACAUCUCUGCUGAACCUUCUCCUUUCCGAAAACUCACUUACCACGCGCUUCCGUUCCUUGAAACACUAUUUCUUCCUCGACAGAUCCGACUUUUUCGCUUACUUCAUGGAACUCAGCGCCUCGGAGCUACGCAAACCUGCCAAACUCGUCAACGAGAGUAAACUUCAAUCUUUGCUGGAUCUGGUACUACGACAACCAGGAAGUAUCGCUGCAUCAGACCCAUUCAAAGAAGAUGUCAAAGUGAAAAUGAACAAGAUCGGUUUGACUAGAUGGUUGAUGCAAGUUGUCAGCGUCUCCGGUAUGGAUCAAGAUAACCCCGACGGCGGACUCGAAAAAUACCAAACCCCAACGCCUCAACCAGCCGAAGAUGAAAAAGACAUUAUCGGCUUCGACGCUCUUGAGCUUGACUAUCUCGUUCCCUUCCCAUUGUCUCUGGUCAUCAGCCGAAAGACCGUGCUCAGAUACCAGCUAAUUUUCCGGCAUCUUCUCUCUUUACGGCAUCUCGAGAACCUCCUCGUAACAUCCUGGCAAGAUCAACAAAAGACCCUAGGAUGGCGCCACAAAUCCUCGGACCGGAGACUCGAAAUGUGGAAACGAAGAGCAUGGACACUACGCGCCAAAAUGCUUGUCUUCAUCCAACAACUUUUAUAUUUCUGUACUGCUGAAGUCAUUGAGCCGAAUUGGCAGAGUCUGAUGGAGCGGGUUAAUGGUACCGCUGCUGGGACUCAGAGCAGCAGCCUACUACAGAGAGACGAGGUCGAUGGAUCGAAACAGGUAAAUCGGACGGUCGAUGAGUUGAUGCAGGAUCAUGUUGAUUUUCUGGAUACAUGCUUGAAAGAGUGUAUGCUUACCCAAGCUAAGCUUCUAAAGGUACCGCUUGGCCCUCAUAUCUCUAGCGCGAAACAAGUUGCUGACGAAGAUAUACAGAUACACUCUAAAUUAAUGACAUGCUGCACAAUGUUCGCCACCUGGACUGCCGCUUCCCUAGCUCGAAGCAUGUCCACUGCAGACCCAGAUCUGUCCGCCGGGGCGCGCGGAGCGCCAGCCGACGCACGUCCAUACGAUGCCACGCGAUUAGCGAAGCUGGAGGAUACGCUGAAACGAUACGAGGAUCAUUUCAAUCGGCAUUUGCGUAUUCUCUUAGACAGUUUGAACUACUUUGCAGCGACGGAGAGUGUGGUCCUGCUCAAACUCGCGCAUUCAUUGAGUUCGAUUGGAAAGGAUGAUGAGUCAUGA